GCUCUUCAGCGCCGCCGACAGAUCCUCAUUUAGAAAGGCGCUUUCGGGUUGAGCUGCCGGUGGUCCGCGAGGUUCUCUGACUUCGCUCCCAAGCGCAUCUGCAAUUCGAAAUGUCGCACCCGUCCCCGAAAACUAAGCCUUCCAAACCCUGUAACCCCAGAGUCUUCUUUGACGUGGACAUCGGAGGGGAGCGAGUUGGUCGAAUUGUCUUAGAAUUGUUUGCAGAUAUUGUACCCAAAACUGCAGAAAAUUUUCGUGCGUUGUGUACAGGAGAAAAAGGCAUUGGACCCACCACUGGGAAACCUCUCCAUUUCAAAGGAUGCCCUUUCCAUCGAAUUAUUAAGAAAUUUAUGAUUCAGGGUGGAGAUUUCUCAAAUCAAAACGGGACAGGUGGAGAAAGUAUUUAUGGUGAAAAAUUUGAAGAUGAAAAUUUCUAUUAUAAGCAUGAUCAGGAAGGUUUAUUGAGCAUGGCAAAUGCAGGCUGCAAUACAAAUGGUUCUCAGUUCUUUAUCACAACAGUCCCAACUCCUCACUUGGAUGGGAAACAUGUGGUAUUUGGCCAAGUAAUUAAAGGAAUGGGUGUGGCAAGGAUACUGGAAAAUGUAGAAGUGAAAGGUGAAAAACCUGCCAAAUUGUGCGUUAUUGCAGAAUGCGGAGAAUUGAAGGAAGGGGAUGAUUGGGGGAUAUACCCAAAAGAUGGCUCUGGUGACAGUCAUCCAGACUUCCCUGAGGAUGCAGAUAUAGAUUUAAAAGAUGUAAAUAAAAUUUUACUAAUAGCUGAAGAUGUAAAAAAUAUUGGAAAUACUUUUUUCAAAUCUCAGAACUGGGAAAUGGCCAUUAAAAAAUAUACAAAAGUUUUAAGGUAUGUGGAAGGUUCAAAGGCUGUUAUUGAGCAAGCAGAUAGAUCGAAGCUACAACCUAUAGCUUUAAGCUGCGUUCUGAAUAUUGGUGCUUGUAAACUGAAGAUGUCAAAUUGGCAGGGAGCAAUCGACAGUUGUUUGGAGGCUCUUGAAAUAGACCCAUCCAAUACCAAAGCAUUGUACCGUAGAGCUCAAGGAUGGCAAGGAUUAAAAGACUACGAUCAAGCACUGGCUGAUCUUAAGAAAGCUCAGGAGAUAGCACCAGAAGAUAAAGGUAAGUUGGCAGUGUUUACGGUAAAAGUUCAUUUUGUCUUGUUAAGAAUUUAUCUUUAUGAACCACUGUAUUCUAUGCCACUUAGAGAUAUUUGUUCAACAGAUACUACAUAAUGACUCUUACUGGCACUGAUCAUACUGCAGUGAACAAAUCCGGUUCCCUGCCCUCAAAAGAGCUUACAUUCUAGUUUUUCUUCAGAAUACUGAUUUUCACAUACCCGAAUACUUUUCUGCCAGUUCCUAUUACUGUAAUGCCACCUGAAAGUACAGCGCUAAAAGCUACAGUAUUUAUCAUGAAUUUAAUGUCUGGGACCAUUCCGUAAGCUGAAUGAAGCCAUAGUACAAGUUUUCUAGUUACAGGAUGUAUAUUUUAGGAAAGCGUUGCAAAGUUAGGACACAGAUUAGUUUGUUUUUCAAAUAUGCCUGCUACAAAUAGUGAUACGAGCUCUAGAUAUUAAAAUAUAUCUGCAGACUCUCACUGCUGAAGUGAAAGAAGCCAGGCACUUAAUUGCCUUCUCUCAUGGGGAGAGAGAAGGCAAAUCUACGUAUAACUUAGACUUCUCUCAAAUUGACAAUCUUCUAAAAUUGCUUCAUGGUUUUUGUUUAUGUGAUUGUUUUGUCAGUAAAAUAUUCUGUUAAUUGAGCACAGUUACUGUACAGAGAAGAGUUGCAUCAGUGGGGAGAAUUAUCAUAUUUAAGACAUUAGUUGUUGAGCAUCCUAAUGUUUUGGAUGUUUUGAGAAAUAAUGCCUAUUAUGUAUUUAUUUUACAGCUAUCCAGGCAGAGUUGCUGAAAGUCAAACAAAAGAUAAAGGCACAGAAAGAUAAAGAGAAGGCAGCAUAUGCAAAAAUGUUUGCCUAGUAAGAAAUUGUAUUACUUAAAUAUGCAUUGAUUAUUGUAUAAAGGCAGUAAGAAAAUUUAAAGGUUUUUGUCUGUUAUAUAUGAUCCCUGAUGUGUUUCCUUUGAUACUUCAGUUUUCUAUUGUUUACAGUUUAGGAAUACUGAAAAAAGCUUACUCUUAAUAAAACUGUGUUACAAAAUACAA